CUCAAUGAAGCCUACAUCUGUCGACAGAUUGACGAGGACCAAAAGCGCAUCGAAAACCUAAAGAUGCGACAACUCCUGCUUUGGACAGCUGUGUGCUGCCUCGUGUUGCUGCCCCUGUGUGUGGGGGGUAAGAGAGUUGUCUUCAUGCCCUCGCCCUUCACCAGCCACACCAUCUACCACACGAACGUAGCGCGGACCCUCGCUCGGCAAGGUCACGAGGUGUGGUUGACCAUGCCCGACUACAUCGUCAACAGGCGGGUGUUGGACACGACUAACUUGACUGUCAUCGAGUACAAGACAUUGAAAAACUUUGAGGAGAUUAUGACGGCCGCUUUCCCCGGCAACUAUUUUAAAGGAUUGUCUGAUGAUUUUAGUGUGCUUAUGUCUAUUGGUUUACAAUUUUGUGAUACUCUUCUUACCAACGCUUCUUUCUUCCAGAAGGUUAAAGAACUGCGUCCAGAUCUUUUCGUUUUCGACAGUGUACGACUCAUGAAUAUGAUGACGAUAAUAUCAUAUAGACUUGGGGUGCCUUUUGCUUUUCUUGGAGCAUUUUACGACCCGAGCUACCAGCGAAUCCCUUUACAACCUUGCAACAUACCAGGGCCAAUUUUUAGUUACAGCCAUCACAUGAGUUUUCUUCAGCGAGUUUUAACCACUGUAAUUCAUGUUUUUUCCUCUGUGGUGGACGGAUUUUCCUACAAGGACGCAGUCAGUCGCUAUGCACGAGAAAUGCCUUUCCUUACUAUAGACAUGCUUGUAGCAAGAGCUGAGAUCUGGUUGGUUACCACGGAACACAUCCUAGACUACCCAAGACCAUCGAUGCCCAAUGUCAAACUAAUUGGAGGAACAGUUACAGGUCCUGGUAAACCAUUGCCACCGCAGUUUAAAUCUUUUAUGGAUGAUGCCAAAGAAGGAGUUGUUAUCGUAUCGUUUGGUAGUUAUGUCCUCAGUCCACCAGAACCAAUUACACAAAAAAUCAUCAGUGUGCUACAGGAUUUACCUUUUAAAUCCGUUUUCCGCUCCAACAUUUCGUCACCGAACUCAAAGAAGAUCCUGACGUCGCCAUGGAUACCUCAAAAUGACCUGCUUGCUCACCCCAACGCUCGAGUGUUUGUCAGCCAAUGCGGUAAUGAGGAUCAGUACGAGGCUCUGUUCCACGCCGUGCCAGUGGUGUGUACGCCAAUCUUUAUUGACCAGUUCUACAACGCCGAGCGCAUGCGCGUAAAGGGCAUGGCAGAGACUGUCGACCUCAACACCGUCAGUACACACGAGCUGCACUCCACCAUUCUCAAAGUGGCCACCAACACGAGCUACAAGCAGGCCAUCACAAAGGCAUCGGAACUGUUUAAAAUCGAAUUCGGUGAUCCUGUGGAGAAAGCGGCCUACUGGCUUGAUCACGUGAUGAAAUAUGGCGGCAGUCACCUUCGUUCGUCAGGACAUGAAGUUCCUUUCUUACAAUUUUCUUGCUUGGAUGUUUAUGCUUUUCUUUUAUCUUGUGUACUACUGAUACUGCUGAUUGUAGUGUAUCUGGUUUAUAAAGCAUUCAAAUGUUUCUUCUCGAAAUCAAAGCCAAAAUUAGAAUAAAAAAGGAAUGAAUACUACUAAAAUGAUGUUAAGGAUUUCUUAAACUUACAGAAGUUAGUAAAUAAACAAUAAAUCUAGCCAUUGACCAACAUGGGCAAAAGAGUUUGCUCCAGUUUUGAAAUUAACUAAGCACAUUACUAAAUAAUUGGUCCCUGAUAAUCCUUCAGAAAAUAAGGUUUCUUGCAUUAUUGUAACUGAAAUGUUCUAUUCCUCUUUAUAUUUUAAUGUUUUCUUGUUAGUUUUAUUAACCUUCAAACAGCUAUAAAAACAUUUUACGUAGCAAACUUUUUUGCAAAAUUAGGAAAAAUUGGUGUUUGUUUUAGUUUUCUUUUUUUUCCUUUUUUUUUCCUUUUUCAAACCGAUACAAAAUACAUCUUAUUAAAAAAAGUAAAGUAUGCUAUGAUUAUUAAAUGCGUACUUGUUAUAACAAAGUAACGUAUGUUGUAAAAUAAAUAAUGUGAGCUACUGACAUUGCUGAUAGCAGUAUGUUUGAUAUACCUUGUAUGUCAUUGGUUUUUUGCUCCAACUUAAAGGCAAAAAAGAGGAAAAUUUAGUUAAAAAACUUUUGACCUACUUGACUAUUUGUUACGUAUAUUUGUUAAAAAUGUCACCAUAUAAAUGUAUUUAAAGUGCUCUUUAAAACGGAUUAUCACAGGUAGUUGUUUUUAUUGUAGGUUAAUAAAAAUAAAUUUUAAAAUAUCACGGUGGAAAUUUCAUUCGUGGGAACUCGCCGCUAAGUAAACAAACACGUCGCGGGUUACCGCAGCCGCGUAGCCUAUGUGUUUAGCAAAGAUUCUCCAAAAUAAAUUAUUGGUCUAUUUACAGAAUCGAGUACGUAUUACUUUAUUGAUUUCCGUGUCUAAAUUGGUGGUAGUCACUUUUUCCGUCUUUUUAUGACAAUAGCCACACAAAAAAAAAAAACACCCCGGAAACUACUAAUAUGGAAACAAGUUUAUCUGUGCAAAAUUCUUCGCAUUUCUGCUUUUUAAUCUUCUUGCUAUUUUGCCAUUGAUUUGCAAUGUAUUCCUCCAUAUUUACAAUUGAGUUUUGACUUAACGCUAGCAACAUUAUUUGAAUCCCAGUAAUCCUUGUAGAUGCAAGGGUUGUUUUAUCAUCGGGACUAAAAUGUUUUUUCUGUUGCUCUUUAUAACAAGUUUUAUUUGUUGGUCCAUUUUUUCUUUCUUUGAUACUUGUAUUUAGUUUUAUUAUCUUUAAAGGGAUACAGCAAUAUGGCGAUUUACCCUACUAUUAUAAACGUUUAAAGAAAAUGCCCAGAUGCGUUUUUAAUUUUUAAUUAAAUUUAAUUCCAAUCUUUUACAAAAGAAAACAAAUUUAAGCAAUGUUAUUACCUAACAGCAGCUUGUUAUCAUUCUAGUUAGUGAAUUGGCAUCCAUACAAAUUGUCCUGAUCAUGGACGUGCAUGACUGGCUUCUGUAUUUACUUUGUGUAUGUUUGGCGUAUGUAGCAGCACUGAUCAUGUGUGUUAUGUGCCAAUAUAAGUGCAUGGCUGUUUAUGCUCUAGUCUAUAAAUGAUUUAUAUAAAGCGCUCUGACCAAAAAAAAAAAUUGUAGAAGGCGUCAUGCCAAUUUAAAAUUUAAAAAUAUCGGUCGAAAUUUCAUUCGCGGGCAUUCGCUACGGUAUGCUGAGGAUCACGGGAAGUCGCCAAACUGUAAGGAAUUGAUUAGGGUCUGAACUUUACCUAACCUUUUGGUGGCAAAGUCUUCACAGCCAGCACCAGCUGUCAAGGAUUAGAGGAUUUGUGACGUCACCUUCAUUAAUCUCUAAUGCCUGAUAAGCCAGCACCAGAUGCAGUGGAUCGUCCAGUGGACAGUAGAUAAGGUACAAAGAAGGAAGAGAAUUCAAGGAAUUGUUUGUAUGUGUCUGGUUGGACACGGACGUUGCUUGAACGUAAGUGUGAUCUUUGCUAUUCUGUUUACGUUGGAACACGGGUCUGGGACGUUGGUGUUACGAGUUGCAGUUGCCCACUGACGAAGCUAUAGACUGAGAAAAUCUAUGACUUUGACAUAUAAAGUCCUAUAAGCUCAUAAUCAAACAAAUUGUUACCAUUUGCUUCCUUUGAAGUGAAGUAUGUUACCCAGGUCUUGUCACUUUUAGUAGCAGCAGGCUUGUUCUUCUUGGUACAAACAAACAUUUUGCGAAAAAGCACCGGACACUGCAUUGUUUGUAGACACAUUUGACAUGUUGUUUAAUGCUUUUAACAGUGGCCUAUAGACAUGCUUGUAGCAAGAGCUGAGAUCUGGUUGGUUACCACGGAACACAUCCUAGACUACCCGAGACCAUCGAUGCCCAAUGUCAAACUAAUUGGAGGAACAGCUACAGGUCCUGGUAAACCAUUGCCACCGCAGUUUAAAUCUUUUAUGGACGAUGCAAAAGAAGGAGUUGUUAUCGUAUCGUUUGACGAUUAUGUCCUCAGUUUACCAAAAGCAAUUACACAAAAAAUCAUCAGUGUGCUACAGGAUUUACCUUUUAAAUCCGUUUUCCGUUCAAACAUUUCGUCACCAAACUCAAAGAAGAUCCUGACGUCGUCAUGGAUACCUCAGAAUGACCUGCUGGCUCACCCUAACACUCGCGUGUUUGUCAGCCAUUGCGGUAAGAACGGUCAGUACGAGGCUCUGUUCCACGCCGUGCCAGUGGUUUGUACGCUGCUCUUUCUUGACCAGUUCUACAACGCUGUGCGCAUGCGCGUAAAGGGCAUGGCAGAGACUGUCGACCUCAACACCGUCAGUACACACGAGCUGUACUCCACCAUUCUCAAAGUGGCCACCAACACGAGCGACAAGCAGGCCAUAAUCAAAGCCUCGGAACUGUUUAAAAUCGAAUUCGGUGUUCCUGUGGAGAAAGCGGUCUACUGGCUUGAUCACGUGAUGAAAUAUGGCGGCCAUCACCUUCGUUCGUCAGGACAUGAAGUUCCUUUCUUACAAUUUUCGUGCUUGGAUGUUUAUGCUUUUCUGUUAGCGUGUGUAUUGUUGAUACUGAUGAUAUCAGUAUGUUUGGUCUACGUUGCAUUCAACAGUUGUCGCUCGAAAUCAAAGGGGAAAAUAGAAUAGAAAGCAGUGAACAAGAUUAAAAAAAGCAAAGGUUCUCAACAGAUUUUCACGUUUUGUUAAACUUACAGAAUUGAGUUAGUAUAAAAUCUAGGCGAUGACCAACAAGACCAAAAGAGUUUGCUCUAAUUUUGCAAUUUGCCUUAACUAAUCAUAUUAAAGAAUUAUUUUAGCCCAAAUAAUGACUAAAUUUCUUUAAGAAAUAUGGGUUAUUUUAUUGUCGCGUCUGAAGUAUUAUUGAUAAUACUCCUUAUAUUUUUUAGAGUUGUUUUUAGUUUUAUUAAUCCUUAAACAUCUAUAAAUAGAUGUGAUUUCGGCAAAUGAUUUUGUGAAAGUUGUACAAAAUGUUCAGGAUUGUGUUUAUAUUCUUUUUAAAAACCAGUUAAAAUUGAAACAUGUUAUUAUAAAACUGAAGUGUUCGAGGAUUAUUAAAGGAAUCCUUGUGAAGAUACUUCAAACUAUGCAAUGGUCUCUUAUUUUAUACAGAAUCGAGUAGGUAUUUCUUGAUUGAUUUCCGUUUCCAAUGUGCUUGGAGUUGGUUUUGUCUUCGCCAUUUUAUCACAAUGACCAUCAGAGAAAAAAUACAAACCAAACAUAAGAGCAACAACAACAGAAAACAAAAAACAAAUUGCAAACUACCAAAAUGUAAAGAAGUUUAUCAGAACGAAAACCCUACUCAGUUUUUUUUUUAAAUUCUUGUUGGUUGGACAUCGGCUUGCUUUGUAUUUACUCACAUUUGCAAUUAAGUUUUUACCUAACGCUAGCAAAGUCAGUUGCACCUCAGUAAUCGUUGAAGGCAUGGGGAAUGUUUUAUUAUAAUGACUAAAAUGUUCUUUCGUUUUUCUCUUUAAAACAAGUUUCAUUUUUAUGUCUGUUUUUUUUCCAUUUGUAUUUAGCCUUUCAAUGUUUACAGGGUUACAACAGUGUGCUGUUAGCAAAUUAUUUUUAAACGUUUUUACAGAAUGUUCAGAUAUGUGUUUAUAUUUUCAUCUUUGACAAGACAAAACAAGUUUGAAGAAAGGUAUUACCUUCCAGCAGCACUUGAAUAGGUGCAUGGUCGUUUAUUAUGUACUUUAUAUGUGAUUUAUGUAAAGCGCUUUGAAAAUAAUAUUUUGGAAAGCGCUGCAACAACAACAACAACAACAACAACAACAACAACAACAACAACAACAACAACAACAAUAAGAA